GCCCACUAACCCGCUUAACCUCCGCGUCCAUCUUGCUCUGUUCCCAGAUGGACGUGACAUUCAUCAACUCUGGUGCUCUAAGCCGCGCCCACUACUCUUUGGUGCGCAAGGUGGAGUCUGCACAGUCCCCGCAAGCAGCAGACCAGAUCCAUCUGAGCGAAAUUGAUGGGAUUAGACGUCACUUUGCUGUUGGAGGUGUAUCGCUCGUGCAAUGCAGGGAGAAGCUGAUCAUGCUUCUUUACUGUUCCAUGAAUUUGACACACGUCAAUCCUGGCGAGCUCGCGUUUGCUUUGCCGCAAGCUGUCAAUCUGGCCGAGAUGGGGCAGACGUUGCGUGACAAGCAACUCGGCUUUGUCUUUUGCACUGAAGUCAUGCCACCGAAUCAUGAAUUACAGCUUAUGUUGGUCAAUACCAUUCGCAAGGAUCUAGAAAGCUCGUCCACAGCACGUGUUUGCCUCGCUCUCAGCGUCUUAAUCCAAAUGCCAAAUGAUGAAGUGAUACCCGCAGUACAAUCGCAUUUGCAGGCCCUAUUCAUGCACAAGUCGAUAUCAGUUCGUCGUAGAGCUUAUUUGGCAUAUCACUCGCUGCUACAUAAUGACCCUUCGCGCUUGACACCGCUAGAGGAUGCGGUGGUCCUCCGCAUCCAACGUACACUGCCCUCUAUAGACUCUUGCGCUAUGGCGGCAGCCAUAAAACUCAAUCGGGCCGAUUCCAUCAAUGAUGAAGUCAACGCUCUCCUGCCAAUUGUAUGGCAAAGACCCGGUCGUCAGUCUCAAUCUCUUACUUUAUUGGUUCUUCGAGCCCUUCGGAAGGCCAGGCUAUCAAUUCCAAACGUUGGUAUUGUGCUUGACAUUAUCAAGCGCACAUCCAGUCCCCCAGUGCGAGUGCUGUUGCGGGAGGCUUUUCUUGUCUUAUCGUCCGUAUCAGCAGAGGCUAUCCAAGAAUGCCAAAUACAGCAGUCUCUGUCGCCAGUGGCCUGCAUUCGACGCCUGUUGACCUCACAGGAUGCUAACGAUCAGUACCUGUUUGUUUCGUGUUUAGAUUGCUUGAGCCCCACCCUUUGGGCAGGGACCCUGCCAGGAACAAUAGCAGUCUUAGACGAAUGGGAGGUUCAAGAGGUAAUGAAACUUCUUGAUUCACAUGACAGGCUUGUCCGAAAGAUAACCCUGAGAGUCCUACAAGCGGUCGAUUCUUCCCUUGUCGAGGCGUAUAGCACGCAGUUACUACACAACUUUCCUACUGGGUUAACUCUAUCUGACAAGGGCGAAUAUGUUUCUCGUCUGCUUGACGUUGGCGAGCUUCAGCAUGGGAAUGACGGGGAACAAUAUGCUAGCUACCUUAAGGACCUCUUUGCCGUCGCAGAGGGUGACACUCAAGGUCGUACGGAGGACAUGUCUGUCCUCGAGGUAGGCGUUGAGAUGAUCCUUACCUACAUCCGGGAAUUUGAUAUUACAUCUCGUAUAUCUUGCGUUACCGCAUUGGCGGUGUCUGUUACAGAGUCAGGUGCUCAGAUUGGACCGACUCUAAUGGUGGUUACUUCCGCUUUGGUUUGUGAAUACUGCGGGAAGAUAGCAUCGUCACCCCUAGCAUUACUCCAGGGAAUGGCUAGCAGACUUGUCUCAUAUGGUGUUCAAGAUGCAUGUCUGCUGUCUAUGCUUCGGAUGUCUGCAGAGUGUGACCAGAUUCCCCACACUGUCUCAGAGCUUGUCACCGAAAUAUCCCAGUUCUCCAGAAAGCGUAUUCGGAAUCGGUGUAGCCUGUUCUUGACAUAUUGUGGUCAAAGGGAUGUGCUCACUGGUAUCAUUGCUCAAGCAUCCUCGUCCUCGCUUCCAGACUUUUUGGCUGCUCUAACAACUUAUGAAUCAAAUCCCGGCGCAUCAGCGCCUGUUGAUUUGAAGUCUCCGUCGGCAGUAUACGGACUUUCGCCGGACUCGCCUCCACGAGCUAGCUUAUCUCCCAGAAAGUUACGUUACGAAGCAUAUGGCACUCCCCAGGCUGUGCCCAGUCUAAGGCAUCUAUUAAGCCCGCGCAGAAAUGAAGACACCCUCUUAAGUUCGGGGAACAGGACACGAAGUUCCUCACGUGCGAGUGAACGUGGGAUGUCAUCCGAACUUGCAAGAACCAUCACCCCAGGAGAGUUGACUAUUGCUGCCGCGCAGGGUCCCCUGCAAGACCUGCCCGAGCUUGACCACGUUCGGAGUUCAAACACGCCACCGAAUGAAGAUUUAGCAUCUCGUGUUGAUCUCAUAUCGCUCGACACUGCCAUCAGCGAAGUGCCUGUGAUAUUUCCGACUCCUGAGCCAGACUUUGAAGAAGUCUGGGAUGCCAUGGAAAAUUCCAAUUUCCGAGGCUGGUGUGAGUCGUCGAUGGACAACGUAGUGAGACUUUUACAGAGUUUACAGCACUCCAUGAGAGUCAUUGCGGUUGAUCAGCCACCAUUUGAAGGGGAGCUCAAAGUUUUGGUUGCUGCCUCACCUAAUUCGCCCUUAAUGGGGUCGAAACAAGGUGCCGCCCUUCGUCUCCGAGAGAGUGAAGAAGAAAGCUGCCUGUGGCGUCUCCGGUCCGAUGAUAUGGAGUUACGAACCACUAUCAAGAGACUCUUGGAGGACCUAUAAGAUGCCCUGUUAUUUGUCAUGCGGUUAUCAGAUAUGUCUGUGUUUGUUGAGAUGUCCCCGGUGAGAAAUAAACUUUUGAGGUCGUGAAUUUGAGGCUAGAUCAUCAAGUGAUUGAGCGAUUUCAGGCGAUUUCAGGCAUCUGUUGAAUUCCAGCAGCCACUCAUCCGGAACAAGAUUCGUGCUGCUCGGAAAACUUGUCGUCGUGUCGACCGGUCAUUGGUCAACCGGUCAGCCCCUAGUAUGGCAUCAUGGAGCCGUGGGAAAAUUGUGAUUCGAUAUAACCCGGCCCUCCUCCAAAAAAUUUGACUAGGAAAUCUUCC